CCAUUUUCUUUAAGUAUUGCAGAGUGCAAACUAGUUUGAGGAAAUAGUUACAAUUUAUACUCCAUAUCGUCCCAUUCGUCUUUAAGUAUAGCAAUCAGGCAAUAUAGUGUGACGAAAGGGUAGCAUAUCUUCAGGUAUCGAAAUCAGGCAAAAUCAUAUGACGGAAUAUUGACAGAGUGUCACAAAUUUGUUCAGAAUAGAAAUAAGUAAAGAGACAACAUAUCAACAAAGUAAUGAUAACCGAGACAUAAACUAGGACUAAAAGGUUAUCAGUAACGCCCUUAUAAUCUCAAGUACAGAGUCAAAAAUGCCGAAAUAAUCUAACACCAUUCUAAAUAUUUAUGACAGUAUCUCCGGUACAAGAUCAAACCAUUAGGAAGUUAUCUGGUUAAUAAUGAUUUUGCAAGUGGUACAAAAAAACACUUAUCUCAUGUUCAAAUCCAAAAUGGAUGUCCCUUUACUUGUUUAAUACACGUAUUUUAUUGAUCAAACAAACAGUUUGCUGGGACCUUUCAAUCAAUUACUUUCUAAUGACAUGCUGUAAGAGGUAUCGACAUAUUCUGUCGAUAUUCAGCUGACACGAGCUAGGUACGAAAUUGUGUAAUUAAGUAAAAUGUAGCCACAAAUGUCUGCAUAGGAAAAUCCCGAUAGGGCGUUGAUGAAAUAUAUUUAUAUUUUAUCGAUCAACCAGUACACUUGUCCUUAAUGUCAUUCCUGUCGAUUGACCAUUUGUUUGGAAACUGUUUUUACUGUUCAUUUAAAUCAAGUCGAAAACAUGAAUCACUAAAAGGCUAGACUUUCAGCAACUGCAUAAAUGCUUGGACAUGACAUUUCUGAUUGUGGUUUUGAAAAAUGGAGAUGGGAAAAGACUUAAUCACUGACACAAAAUCCACUGGAACAGAGGUGACGUCAUACCUGGUUAAUACAUAACAGAUUGAUACAUGUAAUUAAAGCAAAUUGCUUCAGAUAUAUUUGCCACGCACUUGUACAUUGGGAAGUGUGAUCAUUACCAGUCUAAGAGAAAUAUCAAUUUCAUGAAUAGUUAUGUAAUAGUGCAAGGUUAUACACACUCGUCUUUUGUUUGCAAGGCAUAGAUCUAUAUUGUACUAUAGAACUUUACUGUACUAUACGGCCUUUUCACGCCAGUCAAUAAUGUAUUAGGCUCGUCAGAGGGAAGUGUGCUUGCCCAGGCUUAACCUGGCACCGAUAUAUCCCAUUAACGCAAGGAGUCAUAGCAGUUGUCAUAGCUUCAGCUUCCAUCUCCACCGCGAAGCAACGUCACAUUGUGUCAACAAUUCUGAUCAACAGUGAUGAUUUAUUGACGUGAUUAUUGACGCAUAUCCGAUAGGUAAACAGCAGUGUACGAGACAAAGACAGUUAGGAAAACUGGUGCAACAGAACGCGAAUACAUUGGAGGAAUAAUUACCAACAGAAAUGGCAGACGAUUUCACCGAAGAACAGCUAGCAGAAUACAGAGAAGCGUUCGACAUGUUUGAUCAGGAUGGCAGUGGCAGUAUAACUAUCAAAGAAAUGAUAACGGUGAUGCAAGAAUUAGGGCAAGGUACAUCUGAGGAGGAGCUGAAGGCGGAACUAGAAGCCAUGGACACAAACAAUGACGGUACAAUUGAAUUCCAUGAAUUUCUAGCUACGUUGAAGAAAAUGUCGGAACCCGAGAUGACGCCAGAAGAAGAGGAACUCAAAAAGUGUUUUCAGUUAUUUGAUAAAAACAAACAAGGCUAUUUAACAAUAGAAGAACUAAGGCAUAUUUUACAAGACUUAGGGAACGAUUCUUUCACAGACAAGGAUUUUGAGAAGCUUAUCAAGGAAGGGGAAAUACAAGUUGAAGGUCGUCUGACUUAUAAGAGUAUAGUUCGUGGAAAUGAUGAUUGGACCACCUUAGGUGCAUCAUUUUGGAAAAUCCGUGAGCGGAACCAGAGAAAGUUUUAUUUUUACGCCUACUUGUGCCAUUAGUUCUCCCAACCGGACUUGUGUAACAUUAACAAUAUGCCUCAUCUUUAUUAACUGUACAUCGAAUUGACUGUAAUGUGAUAUCUUUAUUCCAUAAAUGUAUUUUUGAGGGCUCAAGCUGUAGCGGCUUUCAGAAAGGUCUGAAACAGUUCUAUUCUAUUCUAUACCACCUUUCAUGUCAGGAUUUAUGCUUUUAUAUAAACUCCAUAGUAAGGGUAGUAAUGUAUUUCUGUAGAGAAUCAUUAUGCCUUAGAAUAUUCAUUGUCUUUUCAUUAGUAAGUUAUAAUUCAUGAAAAUACUGCAAAUAUUCUUGUUUUAGCGUACAUAUAUUUUAUCGCAUUGUCGAAUUUUACCGUAAGAGAAACAGUAAUGUGGCGCAAUAUGCUGGAAAUUGCUAAAAUAAUAUCACAGCUAAAAUAUGUAGAUCUACAGUAUGAUACCUAGUGUAACAGUGGCGAUGCUAAGUUAAAAUCAGAAAAUAUUUGCGAGCUGAUUUCUUGCAGUGUUUCAGUUAUUAGUCCCCUUACCGGUGAGACCGGGGGAACUAUAAGUUUCCGUUCUGUCUGUCUGUUAGUCCGUCCACACAGGUUUCCGCAUUUUUUUCUCAGUCAAACUGAGAUAUGUUCAAUUUCGCAUUAUUACACCAUAUCCAUUUGAAUAAUUCUAAUAGAUUUGAAAAGGAAUAUACUAUUCUGAAAUUCUUUUCUUCAUUAACUAUUUUAUUUGAAAAGAUAUAUAGUCACUAUCAUUUCAAAUAUUUGGAGGUUUGAAUUUAAUUAGAAAUAUUCUGCAACUACAGUUCUGAUUCCAAACUGUGAUUAUCAAUGAAAUACAAUACUAUUUUAUUUUUGUCGAGAGUGCGUUCCUGAUGGCUAAUUAAAGUCAUCAACAAUAGUUAAUAGUUCAUAGAUUUUCAGUUAAAAUUGUUCAGAUUAAAUAAUCAUUUGAUGUGAUAUAUUUUGUUAGCGUUGAAUUAUAUUGUUAUGUUGGGACUGUCAUCAAAUUAUUUUCUAUUAAUAAAAGACGUAUAUCUC